CUCACCUCUCUCGUUCAUCACCUGUCCAUCAAUCGAUCCACUAUGAGCAAGACCGCUGACAAGAAGAAACUCACCAUCGCCGCUCAGGACACUGAGGACAUCACUGUCGCCAACACCGAUGUCCUCACCAAGUACAAGGCCGCUGCCGAAAUCACCAACCGUGUUAUCGCCCAGGUCGCUGCUGCUUGCGUUGACGGUGCCUCUAUCUUGGAGCUGGCUGUGAAUGGUGACAAGGCCAUUGAGGAGGGCACCAAGACUGUCUACACCAAGGGCAAGAUCAGCAAGGGUGUCGGUUUCCCUACCUCCAUCUCUGUCAACAACACCAUCUGCCAUUUCUCUCCUUUGGCCUCCGAUCCCGAGGGCGAUAGGAAGUUGAAGAACGGUGAUAUGGUCAAGGUUGAGCUCGGUGCCCAGAUUGAUGGAUUCGGCGCCAUCGCCGCCACGACCCUCGUCGUCGGUGCCUCAAAGGAGAACCCCGUCAAGGGCAAGCAGGCGGAUGUCCUCAUGGCCGCCCACCAGGCCGCCGAGGCCGCCGUCCGUCUGAUCCGUGCCGGCAACGCCAACACCCCCGUGACGGACAACGUUCAGCGCAUCGCCGCCGCCUACGGCUGCAAGCCCGUCGAGGGCAUGCUCUCGCACCAGCAGGAGAAGAACAUCAUCGACGGCAAGAAGCAGAUCAUCCUCAACCCAACUGAGGGCCAGCGUCAGGACUUUGAGAAGUGCACCUUUGCCGAGAACGAGGUCUAUUGCGUCGACAUCAUGAUCUCGACCGGCGACGGCAAGAUCAAGAACAACGCCUCGCGCACCACCAUCUACAAGAAGACCACCACCAACUACUCCUUGAAGAUGCAGACCUCCCGCGUCGUCCUUUCCGAGAUCACCAAGAAGUUCGGUCAGUUCCCCUUCAACCUCCGUCAGAUGGAGGAUGAGCGCAAGGCCCGCAUGGGUCUCCUCGAGUGCCUGAAGCACAACGUCGUCACUGCCUACGACGUCAUGGAGGAGAAGGACGGCGAGUUCGUCGCCCAGUUCCUUUUCACCGUUUGCGUCAUGCCCUCCGGUCCCCUCCGCAUUACCAACACCCCCAUCGAUCUCGAGACCAUCCAGACCGAGAAGAAGAUUGAGGAUGAGGAGAUUCUGAAGCUCUUGGCCUCCGAGAUCAAGCCCAAGAAGAAGAGCGCCAACAAGAAGAAGAAGGCCGAGGCUGCUACUACCGAGGAGAAGAAGGACGAAUAAACUAAAGGCGCGGUCUAAUCAGCCGAUUGGAAGUGAGAGGUGGAGUCCUUUUUGUAUAUAAAAGAGCAU